AUGAAGGCGACACUCAUCGAAAUCACCACACGAGAGAAUCUCCGUAGAGCUCAGGCUCAAUGCUCUCGCCAUAUUAGCGCCAUCUACUUCCCAUUCUCAAUUCAUACCCAACUUGAAGAAAGCUUCCCGGAAAGCCCAGUCAGAGUCUUUGUCUAUCCAAACAUCUCGCAUCCGAAAAUGUUCUUCAUGUUCAAAAAUAACGAGUAUAUCAAACCAACUUUGGCUCUGGCUCAAGUUUCCGGAACCAGCAUGAACCGUCUGGAGCUGAUCGAUCUGCUCCACGAGUUUCGAACACGUGUAUUCGGCGCCAAGCGUCAACCUCAUCUUGUGAUUGCCGAGGAACACCUCAUUAAAAUGUACGGAGUCGCUAUGCGCAUGUCUUCCACCGAUUGGACCAACAAUGAUCUCAGACUCUCUCUCUUCUACAUGACAGAGACCCAGAAAAAUCUUGCCCUCACAACCCCUUUGCCAAAUGUCCCAAAGGGAUAUUACUACGACGAGAUCGAGCCAACCGAGGAGGCUGAAAUUGUUAACAACACCUGGAAGCAUGCAGGAGCCGGCGAUCUCGAACAAACAAUGGCUAAAUUGCUUAGAUUACCUUCGUCAUGCAUUCGUUUCAACGGGAAGCCGGUCGCUUUCGAGAUGAUCGACCCUGCUGGCUUUUUCAACAACCAGUAUGUUUUCGAGGAUCAUCGCAGAAAGGGACUUGGGAAUGCAGUGGAGAUGGAUUUGAUUCACAAAACUUUAAGCCUCGGGUUUUCACCAUUCAAAACGGUUGCCAAAGAUAACAAGAUUGUUUUGGACGCUUCAGUUGCCAACAAGUUGUGGACCAUGUGGAGCGACGAAGACGGAAACGCCAAAACUGUUGUUUUCCAGACAUGGCAUUGCGUUUGA